AUGAUUUCCUCACGAAGCACUCAGAAAAUAACUGAAACUAUUAAACAAAAAGAUGAAUUUCUCCAACAUGAGGACAUAAGGUCCUAUUACAAUCCAAGAUACGGGAAAUUGCAUGCCAUCUCCCUCGAUUAUGCGGCAAGUUCAGAUCCCAAUCCGACUAGUAUAAUUAAAUUGCCUGCCACUUCACAUGGGUUAGCCUCGGCAAUUCUUCAUGCUUACACCCUUCAUCAACACCUUCAAUUCUCGCCAGAUGAUGUGUGGCUAACGAUUACACAAGGAGUUAGUCGGCAUAUUCUUGGAAGCGCUGAAAGAUAUCGUUACCUUUUCGUUGACCAUGCAGGCCAAAAAGAUGUUUUAAUCGAUGCACAAGACAUUAUAGGAGUUAUGGACGGAAAUUUCUUUGGUGAUUGGGCACAAGCGAUUGAACGUCUUUCAAGUUCCGUUGACGAACAGGUUAAAAAAGUUGACUUGAAGAGAUUUUUUGAAUGUGAUUUUUCUACUACAACCAACGCAUCCGUUACUUCAAGUCGAAUCGUCUUGUUAGAAGCGAUGAAAAAGUAUUUUAGAUACAGCUUACGUGUUGGUUGUGGUAUUCCAAAAGUUACCCUUGAUGGUACCUUGGAAGACUGGUUGCAUCUUCAAGAAAAAGUCAGAAAACUCCAUGAUUUAGGAUUGGAUCUUAAUUUUUGGUUGGAAAAAUUAGAACCAGUAAUUGCUCAAUUCGUCGCCACAUAUAGAGGAAAUGUCGACGAAAAAUUUUGGAGCAUGGUUAUGACUCAAGUUCCUUACGGUUCUGGAUCUCUGACAGAUGCAUGGGAUGGAUGGAUUGCUGCAUUGUUUCCGUCCUACUCAAAAGCAGUUGUUCCCUCUAGUUUACCUCAAGGGUUGAUUCACGUUCCAUUUAAAUUGAAGAUAGAAAAUAUAGACUAUGAUUUGCAAUUUGGCGCUGGAUUCCUAGGUGCUAGGCAGGAUCAAAUUAACGGCGAGUAUGUAGUCUCUCCUGUGAUCGGCUGGUAUAUUAUUGAUGAUCCAAAUAAACACAUGAAAAUGCAUUUUUUACGACAGUAA